AGCAAAUACCACCACGAGCAAUAAGGAAAAGUCGAAGAAAGACCAGUCAGAUGUUGACAAGGAGAAUGACGAAACGAUUUUCGGGAGCGACGACGCUAUGCUUGAAGAUGAAUUGAUAGAUGUGGAGGAGGAGGACGUGGCGCAGUCCUCAGAUUUCGAGCCUGCGGUGAAGAGCAAAGCGAAGGGAAAGAAAACUCCGGCGAAAACACCAAAGGCGUCGUCAAAGGCAUCGGCGAAAAGAGGAAAGGCGAAGGAGCCUCUGGAGAGGGGGAAAAGACGGGCAUCGGAAGACAUUGAUGAUCCUGAGAAAGGAAAGAAGAAGAAGACCAUCGUGACUGCUAUCAAGAAGAUGACACCAAAGGCUGAAGACUUCUGCGGAUCCGGAAAUCAUGUCAUCGCUCGCUGAUGCAUUCCCAGACGGUUACUGGACGCGUCUCCCGGGUCCAGAUAAUGAAUCGCUCACCCUCAUAGAUCACAUCAAUGAGGCACAGCCUCUCACACUUCAUCCAUCGGCUGAUGUCCGCGACCACGGGCACAUCACCAGUAUGGUUCAAUCGCCUGAUGGCCGCAUGCUAGCCACCUUCUCAUCAUUGGGAACGGUGAGAGUAUGGGAUUGCGAAACAUGGACGCAGAUCCAGCUGCUGAAAGACGAAGAAGAAAAGAACAUCGACGAGUUCUAUUGUGGGAGAUUCACGGAAAAUAUGGACCGGAUCGUGGUUGGCGGAAAGCUCAAGGACCCGUUGAAAUGGAGUGAGGAGGAUAAUGAUAACCACAUCUUGCCUUGUCCGCUCAAGAUAUUUGACGUGAUGACCGGGAAAGUCACUGAACGCCUAAGCGGGCAUGAAGAAGAAAUCUUGUGCAUCAAAGAUGUUGAGUUCAAGGGCGAACAGUACUUUAUAACAACAAGCCAAGAUGGAUACAUUAUCAAAUGGAAGAUGGGAAGCGAUUGGAGCGGGCUCCAAGAAUACACGCGCAUGGAGGACGGCGAAACGUGUAUGGCCUUCAACGUCACGUUCCUUCCGCAGUGCGGCAACAAAUAUUUCCUCGCGGCCUGCGACGGUGGCGUCAACCUCUUCGACUUUGAACUCAAUCAGAAACUACACACUUUCCCACAAUUGUAUUCUUGUUAUUGUGAUUGUGUGAAGAUCGUCGAGGCGCUGGACUUUCCACCGCCGCCGAGGUCGUGGAACGAGGUUUUGAAUGGGGACGGAAACAAGGAAAUGUUUGCGUAUGCGGUGACGAGGGGCGUGGAGGAGGUCGAGGUCGAAGGAGGCGUGGCGGGCGUCAACACGGUGCCGAACACAGUCAGAUUACAUAAGAUCGUCUACCCCACCACGAAGGACGAUGAGUUCCGCCUCGAGGAAGUGAAACGCUAUCAGCAUGCCGAAUACCUGUCAAACUCGUGGUUGACGAAAAUCUCCUCGAACGGCCGAUACAUUCUCGCUCCAACAUAUGACGGCGCCGUGGUGGUCUUCAACAUGGCGUCGGGUGCUGUGACGGCGGUGCUGAGGGAUCAUGACGGUAUGGAGGUUAGGGAUGUGGUGCUUGGGUGGAGGAGUAAAUGGAUUGCUACAUGCAGUGAUGGUGAGUCUCUCUAUUUGUCUUUUGGUGUGUUUGGGGUCUGAAUUGGGCAUGGAGAUCCUUGUAUACUGAUUUGUGCUGACCCGGUUGCUUUUCCUAGAUGGCACGGUUAAAGUUUAUACCCGACUUGGAGCGGCAGGCGCUGUGACGGCGUAAUUUUUACGGGCAUUCAGGGACCAGGGGGUGGGAGGAGGGGUUGCCGUGGGCGGAAAGCUACGUCAUUUGUAUAUUUGCUGUC